CAACCUACAUCGCUGGUGGAUGUAGCCUUGCUGGCUGGUCUUUGCACUAUUGAUUUCCUUCGAGGGCCAUGGCGAAAUCCGCUAUCCGGUAUGAAGAACCUGCCAUCGAUACGAUCUUGGUUCAGUCAUCUUUUCUUUUACUUUCCAAUAUUGUGAACUCCGUUCUUGACAAUGUUUUUUACUGCGGUCUCGUGGGACAGGUCCUCCUUGGGAUGGCCUGGGGCACACCUGGCGCAAAGCUGCUGUCUCACGCCUUCGAAGAGUCAGCAACACAAUUGGGAUACCUAGGCUUGAUUGCCAUUGUGUUCGAGGGCGGUCUUGCAACUUCAAUCAAGUCAGUCAAGACCAAUUUAUUUCUGUCGGUCUGCGUUGCCGCCACAGGCAUUCUACUCCCCAUCGCCUUCUCAUUCUCCUUACUUGCCGUCGCCCAUGCCACCCAUCUUCAAGCUUUCGCUGCUGGAGCAGCCUUAUGUUCUACCAGUUUGGGAACCACUUUCAGCCUUCUGAAGACGACUAAUCUAACGACAAGCCGUCUGGGGACAGUACUGACGAGUGCUGCUAUGCUUGAUGACGUGAUAGGACUGAUCAUGGUACAAGUUAUAGCUAAUCUGGGUUCUGGGUCCGACAAUUUUGAAGCAUCUACACUUUUACGACCAAUAUUUGUAUCUCUGGGCUUCGCAGUUUGCUUACCAGCCCUUUGCAAGUUUAUGAUCAGGCCCAUUCUCAGACAUUCAAGAAACAGCACGCUUCACCUUCCGAAGUCCCUCAGAAAGGCGAGUGGUGCUUUCUCACUUUAUUUCCUGCUUUCGACUGCGUUACUUGUGGGACUGGUCUCUGCUGCGAGCUAUGCAGGUACAUCAGCACUAUUUGCAGCUUAUAUUGCAGGGGCCACUCUCUCCUGGAUGGAUGGGGAAAUACUCAGCGCCAAUGGAACUCGGACAGUCCAUUCAGACCCGCAAAGAUCAACGUCAGAAAAAGGUCGGCCAUGCCAGACAGCAGAUAGUGACAGCUCCAGCCCAGAUUGUAAUGCAGAACCAAGCAGCCAGAAAUGCGAUGCAGAUGCACAAUCUUCAAACAAUGGAAGCAGUCCACAACUCCGGCCGGCAAAGGCUUCUCGUCUGCCCACUCCGCCCCCAGAGCCGGAGAAUAGUGCGGGUGAGUCUGACGUACCGGAGCAUGCACCAAAGGCCACCGACAAUGAGCGACGCAGUAUGCGUAUGUAUAAUCAAUACUACGGCCCCGUAGUCGAGCGCAUCUUAAGGCCUCUCUUCUUCGCGUCGAUCGGCUUCUCCAUUCCAAUCACAAAAAUGUUCCGAGGCUCUAUAGUCUGGCGUGGCAUUGUGUAUACAAUUCUAAUGGCCGUUGGCAAAUUGUGCUGCGGCCUCUGGCUGGUUCGCUUCACGAACAUCGGUUCGGGAACAAAAUCGCCUACAAUCUCAUCGGACAGGAAGAGAUGCGAAGGCAAAAAGCGUCAGACCAGAUCAUUUCCUCGGCCGAAGUCUCUGUAUCCUGCCUCCAUACUCGGUUGUGCAAUGGUUGCUCGUGGAGAAAUCGGCUUCUUGAUUUCCGCCGUUGCUGCCAGCAAUGGGAUCUUUUCUGCCAACGGCAAUGGUAAUCAGUCCACGUCAGACAUCUACCUUGUUGUGACAUGGGCAAUAUUGCUAUGCCAACGGCAAUGGUAAUCAGUCCACGUCAGACAUCUACCUUGUUGUGACAUGGGCAAUAUUGCUAUGCACGAUUGUCGGACCACUCGGUUUGGGCAUUCUGGCGAAGAGAGUAAAGCGGCUGCAGAUGGAAAGAGCACAAAACCGAGAAGGCGGAGCGGAAGAUCCCUUGGGCAUUUGGGGUGUAACUUGAGUGACCGACUACUGUACGACACUUGACGUUGCAACCGCGAGCAGAGAAAUCUCAAGUUGUGGAAUGAACGCCAUCUUGCAUGUACUGAGCUCAAAAGAGUGCUCGUUUCAACAUCUACCAAAAUCCCACUCCCUGGCCUUGCCAAAUUUCUUCGACAUGGCCUUGAAGUACCCCGAAUCGUCACGGUGACGACUACCUGGAAAACAUCUUCAUCAUGUCCUUUCCCUUAUCUUUACUUUUACUAUCGCCUCCCAAGAAUUGUUGCGCCAGGUUGUUCAAUAGCGCGGCACCGCCUCCCUCGCGGUGGGCGCUCUGACCGUGGAAGUCCGACCCGGAGACCUCGUCGGCUUCGACGAAGCCUGAGCGCUUCUCCCGAGGGGCAUAGGCAUAGGUAUUUUGAUAUUGAGGUGGAGGCCCCGCACGAUUGGGUGCAUACAUGUACUCGUUGUUGCUGUGGCCGAAUGGAAGUGGUGAAGAAGGGUUAUUCUGGAGGUAAAGUGGCUGGUCUUGCGGCCCUGAGGGGCGGCGGUCAACAAAUUCCAGUCCUUGACUUUGCCCUUUCUGCUGUUGUUGACCUCGCCCUUGCGGAACGUAAUAGUAUCCCUGACCGUCUGUACCGUCAAGAUAUUGAGGUUGGGCGUCACGGUAUUCGUUUCGGGAUGGCGAGGACUGCUCUCGGCGGCGCUCCGAUGAUUUUGACAGCUUAUUGAUGCCGUAGAUGGCGACUCCGGAGACCAUGGCUGUCUUGAUGAGGCCCAUGAUGGAUACUUGGAUGGGAAUGUGCUGACUGGUGCUGUAGCUUGUUGAAUUUAUCUGAGAGUAGUUGCUUGAGGGUAUACUCAGAGGUGUGGAAGAUUCUGCUUGUGGUAUCAAUAGUCUCUGUCUUUUUG